UCUAUUGUCGGUGGGAGUAGCAAAUUCGAUACAAACACCCUUAACCCCAGUAGCAACAUAAAAAGGAGUUUAGGAUUUAAAGCCACUCUCUUCGUCUCGUCUCUCGCUCACAGGUGCUUUCUCUGAUCAAGAACAGGUUCAGUCCUAUCCCAACAUUUUUCUUUUUGAAAUUUCAAGAGAAUGCACCCUGCUGGUUACACUGCUGAAGUUACAAGCUUAUCUCCUAAAGUAACAGAGAAUGAUGUUUACAAUUUUUUCGCUUACUGUGGUGCAAUUGAGGGAGUUGAAAUUGUCAGAUACGGUGAAUGUGCUUGUACUGCAUAUGUGACAUUUAGAGAUGCUUAUGCUCUGGGAACAGCUGUUUUGCUCAGUGGAGCUACAAUUCUAGAUCAAUGUGUACACAUACAACCUUGGGGAGCAUAUAUCGAUGAAUCCGACCCUUGGAAUAGUCUGUCAGUGAUGCCCAGAGAUGAUACCAGCUCAAUGACUAUUCAUAUGGGACAAUGCGCCUCCACCCCGGGAGAAGCAGUAACUUGUGCACAGGAAGUUGUCAAGACAAUGCUAGCCAGGGGAUAUAUUCUGGGCAAGGAUGCAUUAAUCAAGGCCAAAGAUUUUGAUGAGUCCCAUCGAGUCUCAGCUACCGCAGCAGCAAAGGUUGCUGAGCUAAGCAAUAGAAUUGGGCUCACUGAUCAUAUUUAUGCUGGCAUGGAAACUUUUAAGGCUGUGGAUGAUAAAUACCAUGUUUCAGACAUCACCAAAUCAGCUGCUAUUGUCACUGGUACAGCAGCUAUCGUUGCAGCAACUGUUACAGGGAGAGCGGCAGCUGUAGCUGGUAAUGCUCUAGUGAACAGCAGCUACUUUGCCAAAGGAGCACAUUGGGUUUCAGACAUUUUGACUCGUGCGGCCAAAGCUGCUUCUGAUUUGGGUAGCCUUGAUGGCGAAAAAAUAGAGUGACACUGGCAGGUGUUUUAGCUUGCUUCACUUUCGUUAUUGUAUACAAAUAAAUGUCUCGUUGUUGUCUACCAGCCUAGUUCAGUGGUGGUCUUGUCUCGGAAACUGUUUCAAGAUUGAAAUCUUUGUGCAUUAGUCAAUUCACAGUAUUGUAUCCUGUGAUUGAA